AUGGCGUCUACGGCAGCCAAAGCCCAGCAAGUCUUUCGCGUCCGGCUACGAGGGGAGGCCAUUUUGAACAACCCUCGAUGGAAUAAGGGGACUGCGUUCACUAUGGAGGAACGCAAGGCGUUCGGACUGACUGGGCGUUUGCCAUUCCGCGUCAAUACUCUCGAUGAACAAUGUCAGCGUGCCUACGAUCAGCUGCAGAUGCGGGACACCCCGAUAAGAAAGAACAGCUUCAUGCAGAGUAUGAAGGAGCAGAAUCGGGUGUUGUACUUUGAAUUGCUGCGAAGGCACCUGAAGGAGUUGAUACCCAUUAUAUACACUCCCACUGAGGGCGAUGCGAUCGCAAACUAUUCUCACCUAUACCGCCGUAGUGAAGGGCUAUAUCUCACCUUUCCGAACCAGGACUCUAUGGAAGAGGACUUCUUAGAGCAAGUGAAAGGGCGAAAUGUUGACCUUAUAGUCUGCUCGGACGCUGAAGCUAUUUUGGGAAUUGGAGAUCAGGGCGUCGGGAUCUCAGCUGCGAAGUCUGCGCUAUACAGUUUAAUUGCAGGCAUUGAUCCUUCCAGGACUCUGGCUGUCAUUUUCGAUGUCGGAACCGAUAACGACGAUAUACGCAACGAUGAUUUAUAUGGCUGGCCAGAGAAACGCGUCCGUGGUAAAGAGUACGAUGAAUUCAUAGACAAGUUCGUCCAACUCGUACGGAAGCAUCUCCCGCAUUCCCUACUUCAUUUCGAAGACUUUGGAACCGCAAAUGCUCAGAGGCUUCUCGAUACCUACCGUGAUCACCACGCUGUGUUCAAUGAUGAUAUCCAGGGCACUGGUGCAGUCACACUAGCCUGCAUCAUGGCUGCGAUCGGUGUGACAAAGACGAAGCUCUCCGAUCAGCGCUUCGUAGUUUACGGUGCAGGAUCCGCUGGGCACGGUAUCACCGCCCAAAUCCGCGAUGCCAUGAUGACGAUGGACAACCUCUCUCGCGAAGAAGCCAAUAAGCGAUUCUGGCUCCUCGACAGAUUCGGCCUCGUCAAGGAAUCGCUGGGUCCGGAGAAGAUCCGGGAAGGCAUCAGGGAGUUCACGCGGCCCGACUCUGAGUGGCCCGACGCGAAGGGGGAGGUCGGGCUGCUGGACGUGGUGAAAAAGGUGAAGCCGACGGUGUUGAUCGGGUGCUCGACGAAGGCGGGCGCGUUCACGGAGGAGGUGGUGAAGGAAAUGGCGAAGGGCGUGGACCGGCCGAUUAUCCUCCCAUUGAGUAAUCCGAGUAGGCUGGUCGAGGUGGACCCGAAGGAUGCGAAUCAGUGGACGGGCGGGAAGGCGUUGAUGGCGACGGGGAGUCCGUUCCCCGCUACCAAGAACCCGAACGGGAAGGACUAUAUCAUCGCCGAGUGUAAUAAUGCUCUUAUUUACCCCGGAAUUGGUUUCGGCGCCGUGAUUUCCAAGGCUCGCAAGAUUACAGACAGCAUGAUCAUCGCUGCCACACGUCGACUAGCCUCCCUGGCCCCUGCCCUCAAAGAUCCUGAUGAUGCGCUGCUCCCGGAUAUGGCGGAUGCGCCAAAGUGCAACUACGAAGUUGCCGUGGCGGUUGCGGAGCAAGCUAUCGAGGAAGGCAUUGCGGGUGUGGAUUGGAAGAAGGAGGAGGCAAGAGAAAAGGUGAGGGAGAAGCAGUGGGAGCCGAUUUAUGGGACGUAUGUAUACGAUCCCGAGGGCGACGAAUAG